AUGACGCACGUUCCCCAAAUGACGCACGUUUCGGUCAGUAAAUUCGCGCUCUGUCCACUGAGCCAUUUCGCCAUAGCAUCUGAUAGCUCUGUAGCACCCUUUCGGUGCCUAGCUGCCAUGCCACCCGGAGGAAGCACGAGGGCUGAGAUACUGCCAGGUCGCCCAAGCCUAGACAGGGGAAGUAGAGAGCCAGAGGUUGGGUUCGAACCACGGACCUUCCGGUCCGACAAGCUCGGCUCAUUAAAACGAGAACUGUAG